UUUUGCCCAAACCCCGCUGUUGUCUAGGAUGUGGCGUUAGCCGUGAGAGGGGGACUGUGACAACACACCGGUACCGGGUUGUCUUUGCUUAUUAACUUCGCGCAAAAGGAUUACGUCAAGGAAUUCUACCGGGCUGAAGGAGAGAUGACUUAGCACUGGGCGGCCGGAGAGAGUUGGAGUAAGACUUUCGGCGUCGGUCAGGACAGUUCCUAGUCCCUACGACGUACUGCUACAGGUUUUCAACCCAGCUUCAAGCGGAGUCUUUCCUAGGAUCGACAUUUUUUAGUUCUAGAGUAUAGCUGACGGUGUCUGACAGGAUGUCAGGGCACAAGAUCAACCCCAGUCAGUCCCCCACACCUCUGCACGGCAUAGAGAGGGAGGGGCAUAUCGACGAGGCAGCUGCCAGGCGUGUUAGAAGGAAAAACUUCGACAAAGAUGACAAGACUCGUUGGGGGUCCUUGAGAAAGCAGUUUCACGAGCAUGGUUCUACUGGCUUCCACCCAAAACUCACAGAGGAAAACUCAUUUGAGUUGGAACAAGCGGCAAAUAACAAGUACCAGUACCACCCAGGCGGGAAGCCGAGGCAAACGUCGCCCAAUCACGACGCCGACUCCGGGUACAACGAGGAGCGCGCCAGUCCGCGGUACCACACACCUGACGCACAGCCUGUCCCUAAACCUGCCACUCCUGUGAAAAGUGAGCCAGCAGUUGUCAAGGAAACUCUUGAACAGCUCCGACGCGGCUCCCUUUUCAGGGGCGAAAAGCCGAUCACUGAAAAGCCACAUAAUGCCUGGCAGGGUUUGCUGGCAAGACAUCAGGAGAGAGCAGGCAAGCCUGGCAAGCAUGUCACAAUCAAAACCGGCAAGCCCGAUGAGGUUGAACCUCCUCCGAGAGCGCCCCGGGAGGCGCACCGCGGUCCGAGCGAACGCCCCCCGGAAAAGCAAACAGACGGCCCGAGCCAGGGCCCGCAUCCCGCCCGAAGGUCCCCGCCGUCCGGACGAAGAGCCUCUCCGAACCGCAGACCCAACUCCCCAGGCCGGCGGAGCAGGUCGCCCAACAGGCCGGUUGCCUCUCCAAGGGGUAGAAGGCCGUCGCCAAACCGGCAGCCCGGUUCACCAACAGGACGCCGCCGUUCUCCAAACCGGGCUAGUUCGCCUGGAAGGCGCCGCUCGCCCAAUCGGCCCGGCUCGCCCAACCGGCGGCGCUCGCCCAAUCGGCCCGGCUCGCCAGCUGGGAGGCGCCGCUCACCCAACCGGCCAAGCGGAUCCCCUGAUCGCCGACGUCGCUCCCCGAAUCGGGCCGGGUCCCCGAGAAGAGGAAACUGGCCCGCUACGCGAAAGCUGGUCGGCUCCCCUCGGGGAGGGCGGCGGUGGCCCUCUCCGUCCCGACAGGCCGACGGUUCGCGCGGACGAAGCCGGUCUCCGAACCUGGCGCCGGGGCCUCCGAGCCAGAGAGCCCGUUCUCCCAACCGCAGGACGGGCUACCCCGACGAGAUAUACGAUUCUGCGGGACAGAGGAGAACCCAACCCGGCCGCGACGAAGGGCUAUCGUCAGCCGAGAGACGCCGGCAGUCCAUGCCCGAAGGAAAGAACAAUGAUCACCACGGCCAGGAAGACAAUCCCAGAAGACACUCACACGGCAACCACAGACCUCCAGACAAACGGAACCCAAACUCAAAGGCGGAGGUUUGGAACGCGGAGCAUCCGGACGACAGAAUGGAUGACGGCAGACUGAUUCGGUCCCCGCCCUCCUCACGGCCCGCGUCCUCGGAAAGACGGAUAACUCCCGUGGAAGAAGUCGAGCCAGGUGUCAGCAGCCCAACUGGACUGAUAAGCGCUAUGAAACCUACCGAUGGACGGAGGAGACCGACACCCAAUAAGGAUAACAGGCCGCCUUCUUCAAAAGAUUCCAUCCAACCAGGGCUGCAACAACCCGCCAAAGACCAAGGCCCGUUUCCGUCUACAUCAGCGGCCUUUCUUGGCAAUCCAACUGAAUACGGGAAGGAAAAUCGUCCAACUUCAGGAAAACAACCUGCUCAACCGCAACCCAACAAACCCUCCCAACCGGUUGACUCAGCCACAGACUCUAAUAAGAAUGAUGCACCUAAACAGGGCCAGGAAAACACGCCUCCUAAGGCAAAAUCGCCCGUACCUCCGUCGGCGAAAUCGCCCGUUCCGCCCAAGGUAAAAUCACCGGUUCCUCCACACGCUCCGCAGCUCACCAAAACUCCACAGCCGAUCCCGUCAACAUCGGGCAGCCAAAAUAACCACGCGCCAAGGCCCGGGCAGGAGCGACCACCCUCUGUAUCCAAACCUCCAGAGAUACGAACAACAAGCCCUACCAUAAAGAUAUUUGAUUGUAUAUGUUUACAGGUACCUACGGCUGCGUCUCCACCAAAGAAAGAGGAACCAGCUUCUGUGAAAACAGUGGACGAGACUAAAAAGGACGGUCCAUUCCAUGAUCUUCAGAAGGACUUAGCUCCUCCUAAAAAGGAAACCUCGACCAGUAACACCAAGCAGUCACAGAGCGCAGCUAGCCAGCGGUUAACACCCGAAACAGCACCCACUUCCGCACAGAAAAAUCCCACAAUUCCCACACCGGAAGUUACGCAAGCGCAACAGAAAGAUGCUAAUGCUAAAGCAGCACCCGCUACAGGCCCAGUGAAGGCCAAAUCACCCAAACCAAAGUUGCCGCCGCCUCUUCAGGAGAACGGUUCUGUGUCGAAAAAGAAACCAUCCUUCAGUGAGAAAAAGUACCAGACGACAGACGAACCGGUAAAGACUGCGGAAGUGAAACCACUUGAAAGGAAACUUGAAAGGAAGGAUACAGCCCAGGUCCUUAAGGAUAAAGACCUCAACAUGGAUACGGAAUUUCUGGAUGACCGGAAGGGGAGUGGGAAGACGUUGAUCAAGGACCGUCCGGCUAAGAAAAAGGGCGACUGGAUGGCGUCUAAGAAAACGCAGGGAACCUCGAAACGACACGGGAAAAAGAAGGCGGCGUCUAGAAAGGACGCCCACAUACAGGAGCUGAGCGGGACCGAAAAGGCCUGCUACACAUGUGCUGGCUACUGCAUGUGCUGUGCAUGUUGUUACCGACUGUUUAAAGACGACGAUGAUGAUGAGGUGUUCAGACGGCGGAAGUGCAUCACCGUGUUCCUGGCUAUCGCGCUGGCCAUCGUGCUGGUCGGACUCAUCAUAGGACUCUGCAUCGGGCUGGGUGGCUUAGGAGGCCCCGCCCCCACGUCCCCACCCCGGUUCAUCCUGGUUCCGCAGAACCUGAACCCCAUCGUGGUGAACCCGAACCAGAACCAGCCGGUCUCCGCCGGGACCCCGGCCGGGGGGACGGGCACCGCCGCGGGCACAGCCAACGACAGCGCCACCGCAACGGACGGGGCGACCUCCCCGGGCGGUACCACGGGGUAGCGAUAGACCCUGUUUCUUGGUAGUGUGUAAGUCCUCAUGUGUUCUCAGUGCCUUCUUAUUGAUCAUACAUACCGGCACUGCACGUAUUCCCAUCUAAAACACACGUUAAAGCUUGCGUAAAGGUACACGCAGGCGAAGAAAUGGAACAUUUACGUAUCCUUUACGGUGAUGUUUGUGCAGUGCGGCAUGGUAGCUGUAGCUGACCUCAGUAUCCAAGUCAUUUCUGCAAUGGGUAGUGUUUUGUUAUGGAGGACAUCCACCUGAUAACAAUAUGGGGACUUUUAAACCAAGGAGCAGUGUAUAUUCUACACCCUUCAUUGAUACUGUGAAAUCCUUUAUUAGGAAACUAUAUAUAUGUAGAUAUAUAUGGUGAUGUUUUGUUUUGUUUUGAGUUCCCAAGAAAUUGUGCAUCUCUUGGUAUGUAAAGUUCGAUUCAUCCUACAGAAUACAACUAUGUCAAAGUACAUUCAUGUAAUUUAGUUUUCGUUACACCGUUAUAUCACACAAACCACCUUUAUACAUAUAUCCAGUCAAAAUAUUUCGGAAAAUCAGGACGAAAUGGCAUAAAAUCUAUAUUUGUGGCUGAUUUUGUGGAAUGGGUUGUACAUGUAUAUAUUUUAGGGACUGUCAUUUUGUUUGGUUUGUGUACGUGGCAUUCAUAUACACGUACAUGGCGGCCGUUUCAAAGUGCCUAUAUAAUUAAACGAUUCUGUACCUGUCCAAAAAAUCGUUUUCAUUGAUGCAAAAGCUUUAAAAGACUUCGUACGGGGAUAAAAUAAUCAGUAUCAUUUUUUGCAUCUCAAAUGCCGAUGUAAUAUUCAUAAAUUUCCAAUGACUAUUUGUCUCAUUAUAUGUUAUACCAACAAAGAGUUGUCUUUCGAAAAAAAACUUCAUAGGGACUCAAUGCGGUUUAGUCGCUGUAAAUAUAUUGUAUACGCGUUUAUAUUGCUUAUGUAUGGCAUUAAAGCCUGACGACGUUAUUUCACUAUUUCACACGUUUUGUACAGUUUUGACCUGUUGGGGUGUACAAUGCCAUCUGUGCUUUCAUCUGGUUGUUCUGGAUAUUACAUGGUUUGAUAUUUGUUUGAUUUGAACCCUGAUGUAUUAAACUUGGUGUUUGUGCUCUGAAAGGGACAAGAAUUAUAUUUGAUGUGCCUUAAGACCAACUAUCUAUAUUUCAUAUCUGGUGACGCUUAACAAACUAGGCGUGUAACUGUAUGGUAGUCGCAGCAAAUGAAUAAACAUUUCAAUUGUAUUUGAAUCCAUU